AUGUCUGUUUUAAUUUCCGGUGCUACAGGUUUUAUUGCUCAACAUAUCGUUAACGACUUGCUGAAGCAGAAUUACAAGGUUAUAGGUACCGUCAGGUCCCAAGAGAAAGCUGAUAAGCUGAAGAAGCAAUUCGGAAAUAACCCCAAUCUGACUUUGGAGCUUGUGGCCGACAUCGCUGCACCAAACGCCUUCGACCAUGUUUUGGAGAAGCAUGGUGCAGACGUGAAGGUCGUCUUGCAUACGGCUUCUCCCUUCUUUGUCAAUUCAACGGAGUACGAAAAGGAUCUGUUGACACCUGCUGUGAACGGUACCAAAAGCAUCCUUGAGUCGAUCAAAAAAUAUGCUGCCGAUUCUGUUGAGCGUGUGGUUGUGACUUCAUCGUUCGCAGCCAUGCUGAACCUUGAGAAGAACGGAGAUGAAUCUGUCGUGUAUACUGAGGAAUCCUGGAACCCUGCCACCUGGGAAAGCUGUCAAGUUAAUGGGACGAGCGCUUAUUGUGGUUCCAAGAAGCUAGCAGAAGCGGCAGCUUGGGAGUUUUUGCGCGAGAAUAGACAAGCUGUGAAGUUUCAGCUAAGCACUGUUAACCCUGUGUAUGUUUUCGGUCCUCAACUGUUUGACGAAGACGUGAAGGAUACCUUGAACACUUCUUGUGAGUUUAUCAAUGCCUUGAUCCACAACAAGCCAGAGGCCAAGCAAAUGCAGGAAUUCCGCGCCUUUUAUAUUGACGUGAGAGAUGUCUCGAAAGCUCAUCUCAUAGCCUUCCAAAAGAAGGAAGCCAUUGGGAAAAGAUUGCUGUUGACUAACGGCCAAUUCGCGUAUCAGGAUUUGGAGGAUAUUGUCAAUGAAGACUUCCCCCAACUGAAGGGUAAAAUCCUAGUUGGCAAUCCUGGAUCAGGCAAAGAGGCCUAUAAAACCAUGGAUAGUAUCGAUAAUACCAAGACUAGGGAGAUACUUGGUUAUCCUUUUAGAUCGUUGAAGGAAACCGUCGAUGACACGGCCGCGCAAAUCUUGAAGAAGGACGGAAACCUCUAG